AUGACAGCAAAAUCAAGAUGGCGGGAUCUAGACAAGAUCCGGACCAGGGCUGGUCCGUUUACUGAUGGAGAGGAGGUCGAUGGACCAUCUGUGAUCGAAAACAUGAAUAACAUGAAGAUUUUGGUCAUCGGCGCCGGUGGUCUGGGGUGUGAGAUCCUGAAGGAUCUGGCCCUCUCAGGCUUCAAGGACAUACACGUUAUCGACAUGGACACCAUCGACAUCUCCAACCUCAACAGGCAAUUCCUUUUCCGGAAGGACGACGUGGGCAAGUCAAAGGCAGAGGUGGCAGCCAAGUUUGUUGAACGAAGAGUCAAGGGUGUCAAGAUCACACCGCACAACAACCGCAUCCAGGACUUUGACGAGUCAUUCUACAUGCAGUUCACAAUAGUGGUUUGUGGACUGGACAGCAUAGAAGCCCGAAGGUGGAUCAAUGCAACCUUGAUCAACAUGGUGGAUGAGGACAACAUGGAUUCUCUCAAGCCUCUCAUUGACGGCGGUACAGAAGGCUUCAAGGGACAGUCCAGGGUCAUAUUGCCUACCAUGACAUCCUGCAUAGAGUGCCAGCUCGACAUGUUCGCUCCGCGGGCUGCAGUACCUCUCUGUACCAUUGCGACGAUACCUCGGCAACCGGAACACUGCAUCGAGUGGGCACAUGUCAUAGCAUGGGAUAAGGAGAAGCCCUUCCCGAAACUCGACAAGGACGACCCCGAGCACAUCACCUGGCUGUACCAGAAAUCGCUGGCCAGGGCCCAAGAGUUCAACAUCCCUGGUGUCACAUACUCCCUCACUCAAGGCGUUGUGAAGAACAUCAUUCCCGCCAUCGCCUCCACCAAUGCCAUUGUUGCCGCAAGUUGCUGCAAUGAGGCUCUGAAGAUUGCAAGCGGCUGUGCACCAUCGCUGGGCAUGGAGGAAAACUACAUGAUGUAUUCCGGAAAUGACAGCAUUUACACCUACACAUUCAAGCAUGAGAAGAAGGACGACUGUCCAGUCUGCGGAACGUUGGCGCGGCCGCUGGAGGUCGACCCCAAAUUGAGCCUCCAGGAGCUCAUCGAUCUCCUUGCGGCACGCCCGGAGGCGCAACUGAAGAAGCCGUCCAUCCGGGCUGAGGGCAAGAGUCUCUACAUGCAGUCGCCCGCCAGCCUCGAGGAGCAGACCAGACCCAACCUCAUCAAGAGCCUGGCGGAGCUGGGCCUGGAGGACGGAUGGGAGAUCUCCGUGACGGAUCCUGCUUUCGUGGCCAACUUCAGGUUCAUUCUCCGUUUCAAGGCGGCCUAG